AUGUUUAAUAAAAAAUUAAACCUAUUUUAGAAAAACUUACAUAAACAAUAAAUUAUUUUGAAUAAUUUUUUUAUUUUUUUACAAAUUCUCACUUGAGACGGUCUUUAGUAAUUAUGAUUAUAGACGAAAGACAAUUUUAUUGUCGUUUUUCAAGUAGGAAGUGUACAAGAGAAGUCGUAUCCUCGUAUAUAAAGUAGGAGUACAAAACAGUCGCCUAAACUUUCCCCGCGCACAUUCAGUCAUUCACCACCAUUUCUCUGUAUUUCAAAAUUUUCUCGUUUUCGUUCUCCAAUUGAAUUGAUUUUGUGGACAGUUGACUACUACUGCACAGUGCACAUCACAUACAGAGGAGAGAGAUAUCGAGCGAAGAAUCACCAUGGAAGAAGCUUCUCAAGACGAUUCUAAGAUAAUCAGUGUUAGAAUUGUCUCCAUUGACUACUACAUGGCUCCUCCUAUCCCUGACUUCGACAUUUCUUACAGCACUUUCCAAGGUGGAAGUGUAAAGGAGGUGCCUGUUAUACGAAUCUAUGGUCCUACACCUGCUGGUCAGAAGACUUGUGUGCAUGUUCAUCGGGUUUUACCGUAUUUAUACAUCCCUUGCUCAGAUAUACCACUUCAAUUAAAUCAAGAAGGUAAUAUUUAUGAAAAUGUUGUAUACCUUGCAAUUGAGAAGGCUUUAAAGCUCAAGGGAAAUGUUGGUUCUAAAAGGCAACAUGUGCAUAGUUGCAAUGUAGUCCGUGCAAGAAAAUUUUAUGGUUACCAUUCAUCGGAGGAGCUAUUUAUUAAGAUAUAUCUGUACCAUCCACAUGAUGUCUCGCGUGCUGCCAAUCUUCUGUUGAGUGGUGCAAUCUUCGAGAAGUGUAUGCAGCCCUAUGAAUCACAUAUCCCUUUCCUUCUGCAAUUUCUGAUUGACCACAACCUAUAUGGCAUGGGCCUCAUGCAUCUUGUGAAGAUGAAGUUUCGCCAUCCAGUGCCUGAUGAUCCUUUGGUUUUGAAUGAUGAUAAUGCCACUCCAGAAGCUAAUGUUUGUAAAUCUUCUGAUUCUCAGGCAGACGUGGCUGCUAAUUCUCAUUCAAGUCCGAGAGUUUGGAGGUCUUCAACAAUUCCAGAUGAAUGGGUUUGGCAAUAUCCUUCCAUUUCAUCAAAUCAUGUUGACAACAUUACUAAGCGUCAAAGUACAUGUGAACUUGAGGUGGACACCACUGGAGAAGACAUAUUGAAUCAACAGUUGAAAAUGUACACAUCACUUUCACAAACUUGUUCUGAUGUGAGAAUGGUUCAGUCUCUUGUUCCUAUAUGGGAGGAAGAGUUUCAAAGGAGUGGAGUGCUUGAGGCAGAUAUACUGGCUGAUGCUGGCAGGCCACCCCUUGAAGAUGUUUUGAGAACCUUGUCAAAUGGUAUAGAAUAUAUGGACAAACUAAAGGAGUUAUAUACCACAGAAAAAAGCACUUCACCAGAAACAUCUGAAAAUAUGAAAAAGAUAAUGUUUUCACAAUGUUCAAUGGAUGAGGGGAUUUUGGUGGGAACUGGAAAUGUGGAAUCCAAUGAUCUUAUAUCAAGAUCCUCUGACAUUGUGCCUUCCGUGGAAUCACAGAAUCCAGUGUCCACUGAUGCUCUUGUUGCAUCAUUGGGUGAAAGAGAAGUGGAUGAGUUGGAUAUUGCCCAGGUGAUAGAAGGAGUGGAUACAAAGGGUGCAGUUUCAGAGGAUGUGGCACUGUUACAGUGGCUUGCUUCCUCUCAGGCUGCUGAGGAUAUAAAUUCAGAUGACGAACUUCACCGGGAGACCAUUUUAAAUCCCUUACUUCCAGCAGAAACUAUCAAUAAAGUUUUGGAGAAAGCUAAUACGGAUUAUGAGAAUGAAUCGCAGCAAGAGUGUCAGGAUAUACUUGAUUCAAUUGUAGAUGUCUUAAUAUGUGAUCAUGAAAAAGGAGAGAAUACUUUUAGUGGUCAAGGGCCAGAAACAAAAAUUCCUCAGGUAGAUGGUGCUGGAGAUGAUCAGCAAUUGACUUCUGCUGCUAAUUCACCUGAACAGUUGGUCUUGGAAUCAUUAUCUUCAAAGCGCCAUACUUUUACCUGUGGUAGCUCAAGCUUUGACUCUGUUACCAAGAAAAAGAGGCACAAAUUACAGUGGGGCACUGUGCCUUUUUCCGGAGACCAACAACCUUCAGGUCAAAUACAUUCUGGUCCCUCUACUAAGAAUACAGAUAACAGUGGAAGCUGUGUCGCUGACUUAGGAACACUUGACUGCUCUGUACGAGAUUUGAUGAGGAAAAAGCGAUGCUUUCGGAUAGAAUCGUCUGAUUUAGGAAAAAAUGAGGUGGAAGAAGGCUUUGGAAAAGAAAAGAAUUUACACACUCCAAGAAAGUUGGAGGACUAUCUAGGGUCACCGGAGGAGCUAAAUUCAGAGGCUGCUGAGGCUCCUACUUCUAGUCAUGUAGUAGAUGUACAAAGAAAUUUAUGUGAACAAUAUGCUUCUAAUCAUUGCUCUGGUGGAAAGGACAAUCAGGAUUCUGUGAAAGAUGCAGAAUGUGAUUUUGUGCAAGGCAGAAGUCCAGAAGAUGCACGUCCAUUCUUUACAGACUCCUGUAAAGGUACUUCAGAGCAAUCACAUGGUGUUGUUGACUUAAAUUCGGAUGCCCUCGUGGGAGUGCCAACUCAUUAUCAAUAUAAUGGAACAUAUGCCUAUAUGCUGACACCAACUGUUUCACCCCCAUCUACUGAUUCUGUGUUAGAAUGGUUAGCGCUUGAAGAAAAAGAACAUGUUCGUGCAAAUCCGUUUGAUGAACAAAAUUGCAAAAAUGCAAAUAUUGGAGGUCUGAUGAAUGAUGCAUCAGAAUCAACUCCUGAUGAAACUGGUCCUUUGAAAGAAAAAGAAAUUGCAAAACUAUCGCAAGACAUCUCUCAAAUUUCAGGACCCAGUGUGCAGCCAAAGCUUACUCCACUUAGUCAAAGUGGCUUUAGGGACCCUGCCAGUGUCGGAGCUGGACAACAGUUGACAUUAUUGAGUAUAGAAGUCCAAGCCGAAUCUAGAGGAGAUCUUAGACCUGAUCCACUUUUUGAUGCCAUAAAUAUCAUUGUUAUGGUGAUCCAGAAUGAUAUCAGUUCAUCCGUUGACAUCCAAGUGCUUUUGCGUGGCGCAGCCAGUGAAUGUAGAAGAAACUUGGACGGAAUGUCUGGGUGCAAGAUGCUUGUAUAUUCUGAAGAAAGAGACUUGCUGGACAAAUUCAUAGGCAUAAUAUGCUCCAUUGAUCCUGAUAUCUUGAUAGGGUGGGAUGUUCAAGGUGCCUCAAUUGGAUUUUUAGCUGAAAGGGCUUCUCAAUUAGGAGUAAGCUUAAUUAAAAGGAUCUCUCGGACACCAGCAGAAAGUAAGAUAGUUGUGAGAGAUGUGGAUACUUCCGAUAAAGGAACUUCUGAUGCGGUAUCAGCGGAUUCUUUGAUGUCUGAUACUGUUCAUGAAAGUACGAUAAUUGAGGAUGAAUGGGGUAGAACACAUGCGAGCGGUGUCCAUGUGACAGGAAGAAUAAUUUUGAAUGUUUGGAGACUUGUUCGUAGCGAAGUCAAACUUAAUAUAUAUUCUCUUGAGGCUGUAACAGAAGCUGUUUUGAGGCGAAAAGUUCCAUUGAUUGAGUGGAAGAUUUUAAACAAAUGGUUUUUAAGUGGUCCAGGGAAAGCAAGAUUCCGGUGCAUUGAUUAUUUAGUUGACAGGGCAAAGUUGAAUUUUGACAUUUUGAACCAACUUGAUAUGAUAAAUCGAACUUCAGAGCUUGCUCGCGUCUUUGGCAUCGACUUUUUCUCUGUUUUAUCCCGUGGCUCUCAGUAUCGUGUUGAAUCUAUGCUUGUACGAUUGGCACAUACACAGAACUAUGUCCUUAUUUCUCCAGGUCAUCAACAGGUGGCCUCUCAACCCGCAAUGGAGUGCAUACCUCUUGUAAUGGAGCCAGAAUCCGGUUUCUAUUCAGAUCCUGUUGUCGUUUUGGAUUUUCAGGCACUCUAUCCAUCUAUGAUAAUUGCUUAUAACCUUUGUUUUUCUACUUGCCUUGGAAAUGCUGUCCCAUCAAAAGCUGAUGUCCUUGGGGUUAGCUCUUAUGCACCAGAAUUGCGCAUUUUGAGGGAUCUAAUUUUACAGAUGCUGGUUACCCCUAACGGUGUGAUGUAUGUGCCUUCUAAGGUGCGUAAAGGUAUUCUACCUCGACUAUUGGAGGAAAUUUUAUCAACGAGGAUAAUGGUGAAGCAAGCAAUGAAGAAAUUGACACCUUCACAACAAAUUUUGCAAAGGAUAUUUAAUGCGAGACAGCUUGCUCUUAAGCUGAUAGCUAAUGUUACUUAUGGAUACACAGCUGCCGGAUUUAGUGGUCGCAUGCCUUGUGCAGAGCUGGCAGACAGCAUCGUUCAAUGUGGUCGUAGAACACUAGAACAUGCUAUCUCCUUUGUCAACACACAUGAUCGAUGGAAUGCCAGAGUUAUCUAUGGUGAUACUGAUAGCAUGUUUGUCCUUCUUAAGGGGCGCACCAUGGAAGAGGCUUUUCAAAUUGGAAAUGAGAUAUCUUCUAAGAUCACGGCAAUGAACCCAAAUCCCGUCAAACUGAAGAUGGAGAAGGUCUAUCGUUCCUGCUUUUUUCUUACUAAAAAGAGAUAUGUGGGAUACAGUUAUGAGAGCCUCAAUCAACUUGAACCUAUAUUUGAUGCUAAGGGCAUUGAGACAGUUCGCAGAGAUACAUGUCCUGCUGUUGCAAAAAUUUUGGAGAAGUCAUUGAGAAUAUUUUUUGAAUUCCAGGAAAUUUCCAAGGUUAGAGCAUAUCUACAACGACAAUGGUCCAGAAUCCUCUCAGGCAGAGUGUCUAUUCAAGAUUUUGUCUUUGCAAAAGAGGUACGAUUGGGCUCUUAUAGCACAAGGACUACAGCAUCACUACCUCCAGCUGCAAUUGUUGCUUCUAAAGCAAUGAGAGUAGAUCCAAGGGCAGAACCUUGCUACGCUGAGCGUGUUCCUUAUGUUGUGGUCCAUGGAGAGCCUGGUGCCCGUUUGGUUGACAUGGUUGUUGACCCACAGGAUCUUCUAUCUCUAGACUCUCCAUACAGAUUGAAUGAUUUAUAUUACAUCAAAAAGCAGAUAAUACCGGCAUUACAGCGAGUAUUUGGGCUUGUAGGUGCUGAUUUACAGCUGUGGUUUCAGGAGAUGCCUCGGCCUGUAAGGGAUGCUCCCACAAAGUUUCACUUUAGCAUUGCAAAUUCACUGCGUGCAAGAAUUGACCACUACUAUUCUUCUAAACAUUGUGUGCUCUGUGGAGAACUUGCCCAAACAGGUAAUCAUCUUUGUGAGAAUUGUUCCGAAAAUGGCCCUGCUACAGCUGCAGCAAUGACCAGAAGAACCUCAAACUUGGAGAGAGAUAUCCAACACCUUGUUUCUAUCUGUCGUCACUGUGGAGGUGGAGAUUGGGUGGUGGAAAGCGGCAUCAAGUGUAUAUCAUUAGCAUGCUCGGUGUACUAUGAGAGGCGCAAAGUUCAAAAAGAACUGCGAGCUUUCUCUACUAUGUCAGCUGCAGAAAAAUUUUAUCCUAGGUGCAUGACUGAAAACCAUCCUUACUCUCUCUUUUCAAUCAUGGCUCCUUCUUCUUUCUCUUCCCUCCUUCGCUACUUAUCUCAAUCCCCCAAACCCUUCAUUUACCACCGCCAUUAUCGUCUCUUUGCUCUACUCAAACACUUUUCUCUCUUCCCUCCUUCCCAUUCCACUUCCACUUCCACUUCCACUUCCACUUCCUCAGAGCUCUCAAAACCCUCUUCACUUUCAUCUCGAUUAAGCUUUGUUUUUGACAAAAUCGACGAAAUUGAAAAGGAACGUUCUGAGAAAGAUGAUGCUCUUCAGCGUAUUAGAGCUUGGCGAGAAUCCAAGAAGAAAAAUCAGCAAGAUGGGAGUAUAAAUGAUGUGGAAAAUGAGAAAUUAGGGUUAGGAUUUAGUGAAGCUGAUGCUAAUGGAGGUGAAGAAAUGAGGAAUUUUGAUGCAAUUGAUGCAGGAGAGAAGAAGGUAGGGUUGAUGAAGAGAGAGAUUGAAUUGGCUCAUCCUUGGCCAGAAUGGGUUGGUUUAAUGGAGAGAUUAGUGCAGCAAAAUUAUUUUGACCACAAGAGGAAAGAUGAGGAUAAGAUGAUUGAAUGUUUUGAUUCGAUUGGUGUGGCAGAGUUUGCUGAAAAUGAAGGGUUUGAUUUUACUAGGGAUUGGAAGACUGUUCAAUCUGCUAUUGUCAAUUUUGGGAAAGAUAGGUUCGAUAUUUUAAGGUCAAUCUCAAGAAAGGAUAUCCAAACACUUGUCGGUUACGGAUGCCCUAGUGCAGACAAAAAAGUGGUCUUUUCUGCAAAAUUGCUCAGGAAACAUGCUCAUCUGGAUGAAGGAGAUGUUUGCAGUUCCUGCAUUUUGAGAAACAACUGUGAAAGAGCAUAUUUGGUUACAAAUAAGGAGGAUGAGGCAAGGACAAUAGAUAUGAUGCGUGUCUUAUUGACUUAUGGCUUCGAUCCGAUAAAUGGGUCAGUUGAAAACAAGUCUUUGUUGAAGAACAAAUCUGUGAAAUCAGUUGUGCGUAAAUUGCUUCACGAGAUUGUUAGGUUAAGCGCUGUACCGAUAGAUCUCAAUCUCCCACCUCCAGUUAUCAAGAAGCGUCCGCCUAAGGUGAAGCAACCGCCACCUCCACCCAAGAGACGAAUUGGACGUGAUGACAUUGAGAUGAAAAAGGGGGACUGGUUAUGUCCAAAGUGCAACUUCAUGAAUUUUGCAAAAAAUGUUGUAUGCCUACAAUGUGAUGCUAAGCGUCCUAAAAGGGAGUUGCUUCCUGGAGAAUGGGAAUGCCCCCAAUGCAACUUUCUAAAUUACAGAAGAAAUAUGACUUGUUUCAACUGUGAGCAUAAGAGACCUCCUGAUGAAUAUAUGGAGAAUCAGAUGCAAGGCCGCCAGCAGAGAUCGAAUAUAAGGCAGGAAAGGCCUCUUGAUAGGGAACACCUGUCUAAUGCAUGGAACUUUGAUUUUGAUGAUGAUGAAUCAGAUGGUGCAGAUGUCGCAGCAUUUGAAUAUGCAGAUACUCAUGCAACCAAUGAAGAUGAUCAUCUCGAUAGUCAACUGGAAAGUGGUUCCUUUGGAAGGCCUCGUGAAAACUCGCAUCAAGUUGGCAGAACCUCAAGACAUCAAGAGAAAGAACCUCCAAGGCCCGUGCAAUCAACACACACUGUGGGUUUUGAUGAUUUUGAUGACGAUGAUGAUGACAUUGACAGCUAUGAAAUAGAUAAUCAGAACCGGAGCCCUAGACAAGAAGCUUCUUCACUUCGAUUUUCUGAUGUGGAAAAUGAAGGAUAUUCUGAUGCUGAAGAAGAUGAUCUUCCACAGUUUAGUCAAACAAGAUCUAGUUCUUACCCCAAACCUUCUAGGUCUUCACAUAGAGAAGGUUCUUUAUCUGAUCUAGGGGAUCAUGUUUUGGAUUUUGAUUCAGACGAAGACCUUCCAGUUCAUUCUAAGUGGAAAUCUAGUCAUGUUGCUGAUUCUGGUCGUAAAAAUAAAUCUUUACGUGGUCCUUCCAAUAGAUUGAGCUUUGGCUCUGAUGAUGAUGAUAGGCUUGUUUUUGGGAGUGAAGAUGAUAUUGAAGAGAGCCACUCUAGACAGCAUUCGAAAAAGUACUAUGAUUCAGAUGAAAGUGAUCCCGAACGAGGUGAGAAGGCACAUCACAACAGAAAACGAAGUGGAUUGGGGGGCAAUUUUUCGAAGAACAAUGAUUUUUCUAGCUUUGGUAGAUCUUCUCGAGGUUCUCAUGGCAGUCAAAGAGAGUUUUUUGAUGGACAACAGAACAUGGGUAGAGGCUUUCAUGGUAGACAGAGGGAUUUGUUUAACGCGCGUGGGCAGCAGAGUAUGGGUGGAGGGAGAGGCUCUCAUGGUAGUCAAAGGGGCUCAUUUGACAAUGCACGUGAAAGACAAAGCACGAGUGGGAGACAAAGAGGUAUGCAGAACUCCAAUGGGUCUAGACAAUCACAAAGAGGUAUGCAGAACUUCAAUGGGUCUAGAAAGUCGCGAGAUCAUGAAGGACGAAGGUCUAAUAAUUCAGAUAAUUGGUCAGAACUGGACAGACCUCUCAGGCAGCAAAGAAAUGUAAGAUGAUGAAUCCGAAUUCUGCUGUGCAGUCUCCUUUGUGGCCCAUCAGCGUUUCAAAAUGGACCUGAGAGUGAGUCAAUGGUUUCUUGAUGCAUCAGAUUAAUAAAGAUUCAGUGCUGACUCUAAUCAGAUGCUUUCAUCGUGAGACUGAAUAUGAAGUGUGAUCUCCUGUCAGAAAGAAAAUGACUGGACUGUUGUCCGAAUAGGAGAUGAGGAAUUGGUGAAAACUUUAAGAACAUCCACUUUGAAAUUUGGGUUGGUAAUUGGGUAUGACUUGAUACAUUACUUUAAAGUUACAACUUGCAUGCUCCAUAACGCGCCAAAUAAUUGUAGUCCCCUUUUUUGCUCAUUGAUUGAUUAUUUUUCCAUUUAGGGGAUGUCAAAUUUUCGGCUAUAAUUGAGUUUUUUUGUGUAAAAUUUUUUGUGUCAAAAGGCUGAAAGCUGUGCAAGAAUAACAGGCCAGUAUUGAAUAUUACAUCCUGGAUAAGAUCGUAUUACCAUCAUUUUGAUAUUGUAUUCAAAUGUAUAUUAUACUUUAUCUUAAUAUAGUAAUGCUUUGUCAUAGA